AUGCGAAAUGCGAACCCCGAAUCCACCCUGAGGCUUCUUCGUCUUUUCGGUCUGGUGGACUCUCAGGAAUUUGAUGCCUCCACCGUCGGCGACCUCCACCCGUCGCUGUUGUUGCGGCCAGCGGCGAGCGUCACUGCCUGCAAGGGUCUGCAAAAGGACGUGAAUGCGCUCAUCGGCGCUGGUGAGAAGCGAAUCACUUUGCUGCGACGAUAUCUGCUUUUUACUAGCAAAUCGAGGGGCGGCAUCUCUGUCUUCUCGUCUUUAUUUUUGGAAUAA